CAGCGGAGAGAGAGAAAUAUUCAUAUCAAACACUUGAUACGUUAAAAUGAGCGGAAGAGGAAAGGGAGGUAAAGGACUCGGUAAAGGAGGCGCUAAGCGGCACCGUAAAGUCCUACGUGAUAACAUCCAGGGAAUCACCAAGCCCGCUAUCCGCCGUCUGGCUCGCCGCGGUGGAGUGAAGCGUAUCUCCGGUCUGAUCUACGAGGAGACCCGCGGUGUGUUGAAGGUCUUCCUGGAGAAUGUGAUCCGUGAUGCCGUCACCUACACCGAGCACGCCAAGAGAAAGACCGUGACCGCCAUGGAUGUGGUUUAUGCUCUGAAGAGGCAGGGACGCACUCUGUACGGCUUCGGAGGUUAAACCUGUUAUUGAUCCACUGAACCAAAGGUCCUUUUAAGGGCCGCACACACUCUCUCAAAGAGACACAGUCCUGGUUGGGUUCACCAAUAAUGUUUAAUAUCAUACACCAGAAUAAUGAUUUGAGGACUGAAUUAAAGGUGUCUAGAGUUUUAAUGUGAAGAAUAUGGCUCGAUGAUAUUAAAAGGCUCCUAAUUAAAAUUAUCCACACAAUCAACCCUGGAGACCUGAACAAAGACAGCACAACAUCAACAGUAUAAAUAAACACAAAGGAAACCAACACAUGUAAAUUAAAGGAGCAUUGUCUGAGAUCUCCUGGAGGAUAAUGAGUAUCUUUACACUUUGUGUUAACAUGUCUGAUUAGAGAACUGUAAAUGACCACAAAGACUCUGACCUAAACAACCUUCUGAUGGACACAGAAAGAUCUACUACUGAGGUCCUGUAAAUACAUGUGAAACAGACUGUUUAAUUCACUUUAUGCAAAUAACGUGCUAGUAACCACAAUAUGCACAGACACCCUUAAAGAAUCAAGGUUUAU